AAAGCUGUUCAAAAGAGGACAUUCUAUUCCUUUUUUGUACUCCCUGACAAAGGCCAUGCUGCCCAAACGCUUCGGUUGAAAAAAAAAACGGUGUUUCUAUUGAACAUGCCAUACUAAUAAAGGCAUUUUAAUUAAUUAUAUGAAGAGUGCCUUCGUCCUCUUUUCUUUUUGAUGACCAAUUUACCCCUUUUACCAAAGAGCACCUUCUAUCUACCAAAAUGUACUAUUGUGUACCUCAGUAGCGCUUCCCUUCCUCCUCUUUCUACUAUUGAAAAACAGCCGCAGACAAUUAUUCCUCCUCCACCAAAAUUUACAGUUGGCACUAUGCAUUGGGGCAGGUAGCGUUCUCCUGGCAUCUGCCAAACCCAGAUUUGUCCGUCAGACUGCCAGAUGGUGAAGCGUGAUUCAUCACUUCAGAGAACUCAUUUCCGCUGCUCCAGAUUCCAAUGGCGGCGAGCUUUACACCACUCCAGCCGAUGCUUGGCAUUGCACAUGGUGAUCUUAGGCUUGUGUGCGGAUGCUCACGAACUGACUUGUUGGAAAAGUGGCAUCCUAUGACGGUGCCACGUGCAGAGGAAGACAUUGUCUCAAUGGCGGACUCCACCAUCACAAUAGAUCACAUUGAAGGGGAGCUUUUCAGAAUCGAGCGGAUACGUGAUGUUCUAGUACGGAGGGAAUCAGAACUAAGAUACAUGAUGGACGACAUUCAGCUUUGCAAGGAAAUCACACGUCUGAAAAAAGAACUUCAGAAGCUGGUGUCUGUUUCAGACACAGACAAAUCCAACGAGGACCGGCAGAGGGAGGAGGAGUUGCUGCAGCAGAUCCACAAGCUGGUGGAGACCAGGGACUUCCUGGUGGAUGACGUGGAGUUUGAGAGGCUCAGGGAGAGAGAGGAGGACAAAGAAAUGGCUGAUUUCUUGCAGUCUAAAUUUCCCAAGACCUUGAAGAAAAAAGACAUCACAGAGGACCGAAGGACGACCUCCAAAGCCCAGCAAACUUCGUCCACUCCCUUCGUCACCAAAACCGGUCUCACCCUUCUGAAGGAGUGCUGCGGCUUCACAUGCUCUGUCAUGUAGACUCCCUGCCCUGUGGAGAGACUGAGACACGUUGUUGAUUUCGGGAUGGGGUCAUUUGUAUUGAGUGGGCAGACAGAGCUCUCAUACUUCGACUAUAACCCUAAACAUAUGUACAUUGACGGUUGGGACUGUGUUCCCAUCAAUUAAUCUAUUGCUGGGUCAUUGCACCAAUUUUGUGCAUUUUGAGAAGUGUAACUUGGUAAAAAAAUAUAUAUAUAUAUAUAUAUAUAUUUGAUUUUGCAUUCUGUCAUAAAGAGCACAUGUACAACUUCAUAUUGAAACGAGAGUUCAGUUCACGUAACAGGGUUGACCUUAAAAUGAGGGACAGAUUUAAAUUAAUCACUAAUAAAUAACAAUCUUCAGAAAUUACUUUGUCAAAGCAACAAAAUAAGGGCUUUACAAUGAUGGUGAAUUUUGGGGGUUGUGUUUUUUUUGUCUUUUUAAUUUAACCCUUUAUUUAACUAGGCAAGUCAGUUAAGAACAAAAUCUUAUUUACAAUGAUGGCCUAUACUAGUUUAUUAACUGCCUUGAUCAGGAGCAGAAUGACAGCUUUUUACCUUGUCAACUCUGGGAUUCGAUCUAGCAACCUUUCGGUUACUGGCCCAACGCUCUAACCACAAGGCUACCUGCCGCCCCAUGAAAGUCUUCAAAUAGGUCACAGAUUGUGCACGGAGGGACUUGCAAAGUGUUGAUUUUUUUGCACUUUUCUAAGUCUUUAUUUAUAUAAAAAAUCAUAAUUUUAGAAUUUUGAUAAAACAGGCUUUUAAAAUUCAACAUUGAACAAUUUCUACUUAUAAUAUCAAAGGGAUGCAAAAGUCACUCUUUUCAUGGAACGACCUUGCUGAUCAUUUCCUGAUAAAGGCCAAAUUGACUCAGCCAAGUCCAUAAAUCAACACGUAUCUUCUUCAUCACCAUGGUGAUGUCUGUAACCAAUUAACGUUAAUUUUUAUUUAAAAAAAAUGUAACCGCUUUUUUUUCUCCCUAAUUUCCCUUGUUUUAGUAGCUACUAUCUUGUCUCAUCGCUACAACUCCCGUACGGGCUCCGGAGAGACGAAGGUUUAAAGUCAUGCGUCCUCCGAUACACAACCCAACCGCACUGCUUCUUAACACAGCGCGCAUCCAACCCGGAAGCCAGCCGCACCAAUGUGUCGGAGGAAACACCUUGCAACCUUGGUUAGCGCGCACUGCACCCGGCCCGCCACAGGAGUCGAAAGUGCGCGAUGAAACAAGGAUAUCCCCACCGGCCAAACCCUCCCUAACCCAGACGACACUAGGCCAAUUGUGCGUCGCCCCACGGACCUCCAGGUCACCGCCGGUUAAGACAGAGCCUGGGCGCGAACCCAGAGUUCAGUACAGCAUCCUUAACCACUGCGCCACCCUGAGGUACUAUCCUUUGGACCGAGUGAAAAUGACAACAGAACGUUUCCAUUCUGAUACAUUCUUUUUAUCUGUAGUCAUUUCCAGGAGCUGACCCACAUUUUCUAUCUGGCCACCCUUGGAUGGUUGGUGUAUAUUUGCAGAUCUACAAAUGAUGAAAAAGCUGUCUAAAACCUGUAGUGUGAUUUGAAACGGUGAGUAACAACGUUUAAAAGCUCUGCAGCGGGAGAGUCAUUGAGUACCAGUUUAAUAGCAAUUAUCUUAUUCAAAUGGUCCCUGUCCAAUUAAAGUAAUUAGACAGUUAUGUGUUGCUAUGACUACAAUUAUCAUUUAAUGCAUUAGAGCUUGACACUUCAUUCCCAUGGGCAUUGUCUACACAGCUAUGACUAGCAAACCCCACUCUGUCUCUUGGUGACAUUUUACAUGGUCACGGCUAACUAUGACACUGCUUAACCUUGCUAAAGGCCACUGCUUGCUUGGCUUCCAUGCCAGGUGAAAAAAGGAGCCAAAAUAGAUCCUCCUCUCUGUCAUUUGGCUCCUUGGUAUCUCCCCUCUGGACUAGCUGCUUUACUGUGGUACCUACCCUGUCAUUAGCUGUGUCUGAUUCCUGGGGAAGUCACCAGAAUAACAUUCAGCUCUCUGCUUUCACAAUUGUAAUAUUGUUUCAGUUUCAAAUGCUAUGUUUAGCUUUUUUUGUUCCCCAUUACCUUCUAUUACGCUGAUUGGUCUGACGGGAAUUGCUGUUGCCAAUUUGCAAUACUUGUAAUUCUUUGUGACAGAGGUAAAUUUGUGAUAGUGAAACCAUGUACUGUGAACGUGGCUUUGACAAAUAUCUCAAGAGUAUCAAGGACAACUUUCCAAGCAUAAUGGAACUCUGAAUUUCUCCCCUUUGAAUGAGAUAAUAUGCCUUGAAAUACACUGUCUGCUGCUUAUUCUAUUACAAAAUACUCUUUAACCUGACAUCUAUCAAUGUGCGCAGUCUGCUCAAUGUAUCAGCUCAUUCACAAUGCUCUGUAUGUUUAUGUUGAAUUCUCUACAAUGGUUUAAUCCAAACUGACUGCACAUUAUCUGGGUGGAAAACGGAACAUGUAUUUUCACAUUUAUGAUCCUAAUGGCCAUGGGAGUUGAUUGUGAUUAGGCUACUUGUUAUUAUGUUUUGUGGCUUAGAAUGUCAGAACUUUUGGUUGUACAUAUCGUAUCGGUUUAGCGUGCUUGUCUAGUUAAAGAGUUGCAAUGUAGGUUUAUUCUCCAUUCUUAAACCAUUUUUAUUAAAUAACUGUUUAAAUCUGGACAGUAUUACCACCAAACCAGGUAAAAGCUUGUGCACAGAUAUUGUAAGCUGGUUAUAAGGAGCUAAAUUGAUUCAUUUCAAGAUCAUGUACAUCUUUACCUUAAUUGAAUCUUAUGCUUUCUAUACUCUCAUCUCUAUGAAUCACUGCGCCAACAAAUGCUUUGUGUUAUCAAGUGAGUGUGAUAAUCAGGCCGUUUUCUUCCUUCUCUUCCACGCUCACAUCUCAGAGACAUGGGUGGGUGUCGAGAGCAUGGGAAACAAAGACACAGGAGCCAGUGGAGGCUGCUGAGGGGAGAACGGCUCAUAAUAAUGGCCGGAACGGAGCAAAUGGAAACCAUGUGUUUGAUGUAUUUGAUACGAUUCCACUGAUCCAGCUCCAGUUAGUACCACGAGCCCGUUCUCCCCCGUUAAGGUGCCACCAACCUCCUGUGACAGGAGCGUUAUUAAACUGUCACCACAAAGCAAAUGUAAUGCGUGGGGUUUUGGCUUUAACAUCUAACCUAUUACAAAGAGCAUUCUGCCACAUGCGUGUGCAACUGUCAUGACAACAGCCCAUGAUGGGAGCGAUGGUGUUGCUCUACACUAGUGAGAACCAACUGUUUGUAUUUUCGCCCCAGAGCACGUUCCUCCUCACCUCAGCCCCCCUGCGCUGCGCACACAGAUGACUCAUCCAAGGGACUCAGGGAAAGAUGGAUUGUGAUCCACUGGCUUUUUCUUUCUCUGAAAUCCUUCACUCCAUAGCAAGUCCACCACUGGAGGACCAUCUGCAAAGGAAAGUUGAUCCUAACAAAUAAUAAUACACACUGCUUCAGAAUGGAAAACUGUCAAUAGACAAUACAGUAGCUGUUCAAGAGUUUGGUUUACUGGACCUAAUGAUAUGGGUGCUUUAGAUGUAAUUAUUGUUUUGCGAGAUAUUGUUGUGGAUUGAAGAUACUUGAAGACUCAAUCAUUUCUGUGGCAUUUACCUGAAAGCUGAGAGAGAGGCACAGCCGGUUGCAAAUUACCAGACUCUGCGUCAGUGAAGACACCUCACUGCAUUUCAUUUGCAGGCCAAAAAAGUAUACAAUCAAGCAGCUGCACAGAGAGAAUUCAGACACAUUACUUCCAACCCACCCUAAUUGGAAGCUGCUGAUUCUCAGCUAGCUCGUUCUCAUAUGCGGCGUGGGCCGAGACAUUAAACAAUCCCUGCACAGAAGAUAACACGCCUCACCAAUUAGGGACCAUUUCUGGCAAACACAUUUUUCUUUUUCUUUCUUCCUCCUGCCCUCCUCUCCCCACCUGGACUUCCCCUCUGGUUGUGAGUUGUUAUGACCGAAAAGCUCAAAGCAGGUUCAGACAAAUCAAUUCCUUGUAAAUACAACCCCAUAGUCAGGGCUGUAUGCUCCCCUGCUGUACGUAUUUUGUUCUCUUGACAAAUGAUUUUGACAUUUACACCAGUGAAACUAAAGAAGAGAUCUUAGUGUGCAUGUCAGAUAUGGAGAGAGGUGGCACAUUGGGAGGGAUCAGGAGGCUGCCCACUGGAAGCUGUUGGUGGAGUGGAGGAAUAUCUCAGGCCUCUCACAGAGGGCCAGAAGAAUAACCCAGCAUGCCUUAAUAACAUGCGUCCUGCUCCAACUGCAUGCAGCCACUCUUCACAGUUUUGUUCCCUAGCAACAUGUCACCUUGCCUUUCAAUGUAAUGUUGUUGUUAUUGACGAAUGUAGAAAUGAAGGCUGUGAAUCUUUCAAUUUUUUUAUAAUUGAAAGCAUGGUGUCAGAGAGAGCAUGCUGAGGUGAGGUGGUUUCAGUUAACAAUAGAGGUGUUAGAAUGUAAGUCAACAUCAUAUCAAAUUCAUAUGCUUUACAACAUUAAUCCAGUAAUAACUUAAGUACUGUGCAUUUAGUGACAUUAAAGAAAUUGAGUAUAGGUUCAUAAUGGCAUCUCAAUUAUAUAUGAAGGGCAUUUGAAUCAUGUGGUUUCACAAAUUUGCCUAGGAAGCAUAGGUGAACACAAGUUGCAAGAGAUGGCCUUUCCAACCAUGCAUGUUGCUGCCUUUCUUUCGACUGCAUCUCCAUUGACCUGUGCCCUGUGACUGUGGCUGGUUUAAUUUAAUUCAUUAGUGGAGGAUUAGAAAACUGUUGAAGUGUGACAAUGAGAGAUUGAAUCAGUACUGGUUGAUAGAGCUGUAAAAUAAAUAUUCUAUGGAA